AUGGCCUUGAUCUUCAGCAUUGAUUCUGCCUCCUCCAGCACCAAGCUGGACGCUACUCAACUCGGUGUCGACCCCAGCUCGGGCUCGAGUGCCCACUCCAACUCAGGGGCUUCCACCCUCUCUGCGCCUCCACUACACACACGCUUGGCGGGCCCCAUCACCUCGACCGAUCAAUUGCUCGAAUUACUUGUCCCACCAUUGGUUCGACUAGGUGCACUCCCCCAAGAGCUGGUGUCUUCUCUCCUUUCGUCGUCCUCGUCGUCCUCUUCUGUAGCUGCACCACCGCAGGACCCGGCCAAGUUCAUCAAGCGUCAACUCGCACUCGUACAACGGGUCAUCCUCGAACGCAUCUGGCCAGAUUGGGAACAUGCCCUAUCCACCGAGCUACAAGGCUCACCCAUAAGCGCUCGUCAACUCCUCUCGAGCUGGUUCAUCCCCGACCCGAACUUAGCCAACACCGACGCUUCUUCCCUCUCCAACGAGAUCGCCUUAUCAGCACUCCAAGUUCUCUGCUCGUGCUUAUCAACCCAUAAGUCAUCGCCGCCUCAAUCGCCCCUCCAUCCUCGGUCUAUUCAUCUCGUCGUCCGAAUUUUAUCCGAAUGGGUCACCCAAUUCUCCCUCGAGCGAACAUAUCGUAUCAUUUUCGCCGGAGAGGGGGUGUCGAUGCAAGUCAGGGAAGAUCGAUGGGAGAGGAUCCUCAAGACUUUGAUGGGGAUGCCCAUCUUGGUCGCCAAUAGGAUGGGCGAGUUGACCGUCGGAAAACGGACCCUGGGACAGAACGUUCCGCAGAAUUUGCAUCUCAGGUCAGAGCCGAGUUUCUUCCAAGUGGAGGUCCCAUCACGAAGACUUUGCGCCUAAUCUCAGGAAUUCCAUCUAAUCUCACAGUUAUCAAACCAAGCACUGGGCUCGAUCCUUCUCCGAGCUCUUACACACCUUGUCCAAAACGACCGACGAGCGGUCCUACUCGAUCAUCUCACUCUCAACGACCCUCUCGACCCUCCUCUCACACCCCGACAUCAUCCCCACUUUACUCAACUCGACCGUGUACCAUCUCUUACCUCCUGAAACCUUCCCCGUCGCUGCUGACCUUCUCCUCUCGCGCCAACGUCUCGCUGGGUUAUGGCAAGAAGUCAUCCUCGACAUGUCCGAUCGAUACAUCGCGCGCCUGCUCCGAUUGACCCUUUCCGAGGUGCAAAAACCGCUCUUCGACGUCCCAGAUCCUUCGACGACGACGAUACCCCGCUGUCACGCCGCUUCGUGGCUCCUGUCUGAACUCUUUGGGCCUCUGGGACCCGAGCGAGAAGAAACGUGGAACCUUGCGUUCGAGAUGAUCACUGAUCGGACGAACGUUUGGAAUGGCAAGGAAGUGGAGAUGGCUCGUGUCGUGUUGGGGUUCCUCGGGAAGGAGGAGAAGACGCGGAUCGCGGCUUUGGAUCUGGUGAUGAGAGCUUGGUGUGAUGCGUCCAGUAUUCAAACCGCUGGUGCAUCGAAUCGGAUUUGUAAGGCACAGCUCGAGCUUGACCGUCUCUAUCACCACACCGUACACAGCUAAUCUUCCCCUCCCUCCGUAGUCCUCUCCACCCUCCUCAUCCUCCUCAUUUCCUCCCUACCCCCAGCCCACCCAUCCCUAAUCUCACUCUCCCGUUCCACCACCUUUAUCCAAGCCAUUUCAACUCAUCUCACUCUCCUGCAAACCACCGUCCGUCUUCUAGGGAUGUUGAUCGCCGAGAUCGUUUCGGCCAAAGCGUUACCAGAGGGAAGUGGGAUGAAAGCUUUGAGCUUUGGGGAAGAGAUUUGGGAGGGGAAUGGGGAGGGUAGGAGUUUGUGUCGGUUCUUAAGGGGGGUCGAGAAGGGCAAUGCGGAGGAUACGAAGGGGUGGCAAGAGUUGUUGAGGUUCGCCUUCGUUGAAAGCCGAGGGGAGGCUCUCAAGACCGAGCUGGACCGCGUUCCGAAGAGAUCGUCGCCUGCACCCAUCGUCCCCGUCGAGAAGGACAAGAAAGCUGCUCUCAUAUCCGUGAUCUCCGCUUUCUCAUCCGACUCUUCCUCCGAAUCCGACCCCUCCGAACUUCCCCGUUACCCAAUCGCCCCCGGACCAUCGCUCUCAACACUCGCCGCCCUCAGCUCCCCCGACCCCUCCCUCUACGCCACUGCCAUACCCUCCUCCUCCCUCCCUUCAACAUCAACCCGAAGAAGAGGGGGAGGUUAAGGCCGCCUGUGUAUGUAGCUGAGUUGACGGCCUAUUUGAAAGGCUUGGAUCCGGAAGGGAAGAAGGAAGAGGUUGAUCAGGAGGUGGAGAGGGUCGAGGUGGGAUUGAGGGAAGGGGAAGGGUUGGUGAGGAGGAAAAAGGGGUGGGGUGGGGAAUUAGGUCAGUUUCGCGUUGCGCAGGUAGAUCGGGAUGACUGAUGGUUAACUUGGGUUUGGUGAGCUUGCAGAGGAGAACGCGGUGGAUUUGGCGUUCGCUCUUAUGGGACUUCAAGAUCAAUAUGAGAUUGACGGCUUCGAACACUCGAAACGCAAGAUCAUGAUCGCGCUCGUCGCUGCGUGUCCGACCAAAGUCGCUCCGUACGUUGCUGUACUCAUCCGAAGCCAAGAUCGCACAAAACUCAUUCUUCAGCCCUCCCUUUGAUAUCACCAGAUGCAUCAUCGAACAAUACUUUACCCCUUCCUACUCGGUCGCUCAGAGAUACACGAUGCUAACGGCCCUCGCACUCGGCGCACGCGAACUCGCCGGUCUCUCCGUCGAGAUCAAAGACGGGUCGCUCGCUCUAGCACAACAAGCCGUUGUCCCCGACCUCGCGUCCUUUCCCUCGAAACAACUCUCACCUGCGAUGCACAAACGACUGUUGCAGACUGCUCAACCGACUGCACUGGAAAUCUUGACGGAGGACGUUACGAGGAUCACCCUUUCUUCCGUAAGGGAAGAAGCCGAAUCGACGAUCCCCGAAGCGUCAAAAGAAAAACUAGUUCGAGUGCGACGCUUCGCUUCCGCCAAAUCACUCAAUUCCGGAACAAGCUCGACGACGAGUUCCUUCACCUCGCUCGCUUCGGAUUAUUUCGUGAUGCCUUUGAUCAAUCGAUUUUGGCUCUACCUCCGCGAAGUCGCUUCCAUGCCCAUAACGCAACAGGGUCCUUAUGCGGGAGGAUCAGGAUCUGCCGUCCUACUCGACCCCUUAAUCUUAACGCAAUACCUCUCCACCCUCGCACUGCUACUUCACGCAGCUCGAUUGACACCGAACUUUUCAGACGUGUUGGCGCCGGAAGUUUUACAUCUCGUUCUCGCGCUCAGGACGACUGGCGGAAGUGAAGAUCACCCUCAGGUUUUGGAGAAGGAGAUGACUCUCCUUCUCGUCGUCUUUGACGCGAUAGUCUCUUUCGAUGGAGGUCGAGCGCUGAUGACCCGCGUCGAAGGUGGUUCGAACUUGAUUGGGGAGAGUCAAGGAUGGGCGACGGAGGUAUUUGAACGGUUCGAUGGAGGGGAGGUUGGAUUAGAUGAGGGUAAAGCGGGAAGGGCGGCCGCGGGUGUUUUGUUGAGGAUCGAGGAGGUCUUGACUCGAUUCAGGGGGAGAUUAGGUUGGUGA